GCGGGUCUAUGUGUGAUAGAGCUGCUGGGCGUGGGCUCCGCACUCCGCUCUCCUCAUCCCCUCUCUCCCUCCUCUGUCUGUGGGAAGCACAUUGUUCAACGCGGGCUCCCCGUCCACCCACAGCCAAUGAACGCUUUGGUGCAUUUCACCCACUGAAAAUUAAAACAACACAGAGAAGAAGAAGGUGCAGCAGAUCACCGGGAGGACGGCGGGAAGCAGCAGCAGCAGCAGCAGCAGCAACAACAACAACAAUAACAACAAAAACCAAGGACAUCUUGUUUGCUUCCGAUUGCAGCUGAGAGGCGACAGAGUUGGACGAUUUUCUUCUUCUUCUCCUUCUUCCCCGGUUGACCGAACGUCGCUGUCGUCGCUAAUUAGCCGCCCGCUCGUUCAGUGGCGUGUGUGGUGAGCAGCAGCGGCUGUGAAGAUGACGGAGUAUAAGCUGGUGGUGGUGGGAGCUGGAGGCGUGGGCAAGAGUGCACUCACCAUCCAGCUCAUCCAGAACCACUUUGUGGAUGAAUAUGACCCCACCAUCGAGGACUCCUACAGGAAGCAAGUCGUGAUCGACGGGGAGACCUGCCUGCUGGACAUCCUGGACACUGCAGGUCAGGAGGAGUACAGCGCCAUGAGGGACCAGUACAUGAGGACAGGGGAGGGCUUCCUAUGCGUCUUUGCCAUCAACAACACCAAGUCGUUUGAGGACAUUCACCAGUACAGAGAACAGAUCAAACGCGUUAAGGACUCGGACGACGUUCCCAUGGUGCUUGUCGGAAACAAAUGUGACCUCCCAGCACGCACGGUGGACACGAGGCAAGCGCAGGAACUUGCGCGCUCCUACGGCAUCCCUUACAUUGAGACCUCUGCCAAGACACGACAGGGAGUAGAGGACGCCUUCUACACACUGGUCCGGGAGAUCAGACAGCACAAACUUAGGAAGCUGAACCCACCUGAUGAGAGCGGUCAGGAUUGUAUGAGUUGUCGCUGUGUGGUAUCGUGAUGCAGCUGACUAUUGCACGUUGAGGAUAAAUGCUACGGCGCGUAGUGGCAGCAUGGACUAAAAGACAGGAAGAUAAAAACAACUCAAUGAUGAUGACACACAAACUUUUUCAAAAAGAGGAACGAUUGAUGCAAACGCUCUCAAGGAAAACCACUAGAGCUGACUGAACCAUAGACCUUUUAUGGAAAGGAGGAUUUCGGAUUGUUGCCCAAUGAGUGGCCAGCUGAACUAGCCUUGUCUGGUCCCUUUUUUUUUUUCUUCUUUUUUGGUCCACACGCCGACCUGCGAGCAACACCACUAAACGACUCUUUGUCAACUCCAGUGUGGUCUCGCUGGGUGGCUCCACAAGUUUUCUGCUAACUUAUUGUUUUCAGUCUCGACACUGGUCUUAAAGGGGGCGUCACCAACCGCCCUCCCACAUUGAAAGCCUAAUUCCACUACCCUCGCCUGACCACUGGAAGGACUGACUGACUUAAAUGGAAAGGACUGGAAUGGGACAACUAGUUACCCCAACACCUCUUACAUGAAUAAACAUCUCCAUCCGACUCCGCCUGCCUUUGGUUUCCUUUGAUUUGCUUCGUUAUACUGAAUACAGGCGGUGGAGGCUGACGUGAAGGCUGAAUGGCUAUUGUUUGUUGUUGUCGUUGUUUAACAGUUAGCCUAGCUGUAAAAGUCUUUUGAUUUUGUUUAUGAUAUGGAACUUUUUUUUCUUUUUGUGAUUGGAGCAUGUUGAAAGUCACUGAGCACUAUGUGGGCAAAGACGUUUGUUUCCAAAGGCUUCUGGUUUGACAUUUUUUUCAUGACCUGCCGGAUGUAGUUAGUACUUUUCAGGUCAGAUAUCUUGAAGAUGGAGAAUAUAAAGAUGGAUGCAUUUUUUAAUAAUCCAGCUGCCUUCUUUCCUCACAGAUGUUUCUUUGCCAAGAGUUGUCUUUGUGGAUUAAUAAUAAUAGUGACGGCUAGUGUACGUAGGUUCUGGUGCAAUAGGAUUCUUAACUGUCCACUUGACAACUGGCAACUACUUAUUUACUGACUCCUUUUUUUUUUACCUUGGUUGAGGGAGGAGAGGUACAGCGCAUGAAAAUGUAGUUGUUGUCAUCUUUGGGGUUGCUAAGGCAGGAGAGGUAAUCUGUGGAAUAGGAGGAAAUAUCUUCUCUUGUACAGUGAUACAUUGGCAGAUUAAGGUUUUAGGCAAAAAAAAAUGACAACCAGUUGAUUUUUCCUGCUUUUAUUUCUCUAGUUGCAGAGUGCGUGUAACUCUUAUUUACUACAUGCUGAUAACGGCUGUUUUUUGAUUUUAUAAGGGUCGCUCCUUGUGGUUAGUAAGGCUCAGGAAUCGGGGGCCCGGGAAGGUCUCCACAGUCCUGGAAACCCCGGGUUAAGGAUGUCACCAGAUAGCUUUGCAGAGUGUAACGCACAAAAAGUCCUGCCUCACUUCAGUUUCUCCCACACGCCACGCUAUCCUCAAACUACUCUUCUUUCUCCGCAACCUGAGCUCUUCAAAAGGAACAAUAACAGGUCAGGUGCUAAUCAUGUCAGAAACAUAUAUACACCAUAUGUGGGACUGUUGUGUGUGAAUUAAGUGAUGGAUAUUGGGAUAUCAAAGCGCAUUUGCUUUGUUUUGUUUUUUUAACACUGACUAUCUUGUGCUCUCCACAACUGCAUUAACUUUGCUGCCUAAAUGGAAAAGACUGCUCUGUGUUUACUUGGCCUUAUGUUAUCUAGUUUGUACCUCAUGUAUGCAGCGAGCUCUACCUGAGACACGUGUGUGUGUUCCCUUUGCUGCAUUGUUUUGUUCACGUUUGAUUGUGUGCAACUAAAAAAAAAAAAAGAGAAGUGUGUUGAGUUUAGACAUGCGCUGUACAGAAUUUGAAAGACAGGACAAGCCCCUAAAAACACUACACUGACUUUUUUUCCUGCUUUUUUUAAAAAAAGGGGGGGGAGGUUCUCUGUAAAAGCAUGUGAAUGUGAUUUUGUUUAACAUGACUGAAAAACAAAACAAAUUAAAGCGAAUUCCUUUAGACAAUGUCAGUAGAAGCCAUGUUGUCUUGCUCUCGUGUUUAUACAAAGUUUUAUUUCCAUCACAUUGGAACAUAUGAUGAUAAUUAUAAGAAAUGUUUACUUAAAAACCAGAUUAUACUUUAACAGUUUUGAGAAUCGGUCAUGCAUGAUAAUGUAUGGAGAUCCACACACUAGAGGCAGGCGUUGGCCAACCGGCCGCCGCCAUGAAAGACGACAAAUGCUAUUUUGCCACUGCCUCUUUUCAACAGAAACAAAGUUUUUAUUUUUACUGAUUUUGUACAGUUAAAGUGAUUAUUUUUCAAUUAUAACAUGGCUUAAAAAUAUGUUCAUGUCCAGUUUCUGUGUCGAUGAUAGUGGUCAAGUUGUUUUAUUUUAUCAGCUGACCGUUCAUUUCUCUGCUUAGAGGACAGAUAUGAACUGUGAAUGUGUUCGAGUCUUUUAGAUAUCGUUUGCGAGAAGCCUUGUGUAAAAUUUACGAUACUGAAAUAAUACAGGAGUUGGUCCCGUUUUGGGCUGUGUUGUUCCUCACUUUUAUGUUUCACCCAUUGUACUCAAAUCUUUUAAUGAAAAAAAAAAAGAGUUUGUAACAUGUAAUUACAGUCGUCCUAAUAGUGUGCUUGUCCUCUCCCAUGUCGAUCCUUACACAGUACAUUCAUAAUAAUACCAUAGAAUUCCAAAAGAAACUAUGCAUUCAAAUUCCCAUUGCAUUAGAAUAUCAGCGUCAUGUUUCCACAGGGAAACUCCAGCCAGCGAACCACAAGUAUACGUGUCAGAAAACCUGGCGAGCAUUACAAAGACUGUACGGACUAUUUGGGAGUUUUGCACAAGGAUGCAGUGUGCUCAAGGGCUUGUUUAUCCCCCUUGCAAACUGUGGAAUGGAGGUGUGGAAGGAACUGGUGAAAAUGUCAACUGUUUAGCUAUUUAAGACGUAUUUACUCUUUGAAAAUGUGGCAAAUGUAUUGCAGGACAGGAAUAAAGAUGUUAAGAUGAAA